UAUAACAGCAACAGUUGCCAGUAUUGGAGCAGCAGGAGUCCCUAACGCCGGCCUCGUUACCAUGGUGAUAGUCUUGACAGCUGUUGGUUUACCUGCGAGUGACGUGACUCUGAUCGUUGCUGUGGAUUGGCUGCUGGACCGGUUCCGUACGAUGAUCAACGUUCUGGGCGAUGCUUACGGAGCCGGGAUUGUUCAGAAACUGUCCAAAAGGGAACUCGAGAGGAUGGACCUGAUAUCGGACGUGGACGUGGCCAACCCUUUUGCUUUGGAAACAACGCUGGACGACGAGGAGUGCGAGAAAAAAUCUUACGUCAACGGCGGCUUCACCGUGGAUAAGACAGACGCCAUUUCUUUCACAGAAACGUCUCAGUUCUAGUUGCUGGAAGGUUCUGACAUGGUUUAUCCAACACGCAGCAGAAUAAGAAACAAAACUAACCAACCAGCCCAUCCAAGCCCAAAGCUCAGCAACAGAAGGCCUUCAUUUAGCUUCAGUGAACAGAACUGCGCCUCAUUUUGGACAUUUAUAACAACCUCUAGAUUCAAGUGCUUCCUUAUUACACUGAAGUAGUGCCAAGAUAAAUAAAAAACACUUUUCUUCUGAGUAACCGAUGUUUCUUGCUAACAUCUGUUUGCCUGUGUGUGUGCAUGAGGAUAUGCGUGAGUGUGUGUGUGAGUGUGUGUCAUUUGCAUAAAUAAUAUAUAUAAAAAUAUGUUAACACUGAUAAAAAUCCAUUGUUGCUUCUUAAGUAGGAAAUAAUAAUCUAGUAAAGGCCCGUCCUGCUCUGCUUGUUUUAUUAAUAUUACUCUUAUGUCUAUAUGUAUAUUUGAAAGGUGCCAAACUUAUAAAGUUCUUUGCUUUUAAAGAUGCAUGAAGCAAUAUGUGAAAGAAACUUUCUUUCUGUGGGGACUUCUCCAAGGCUGAUGAUGGUUGGUGGAAGCUAAUAAKUAACACUGUGAAAUUUAAAUACUUUUUCACCUGCAUUUGUUGAUGUAUGUCCAACUCUGAUAAAAACAAAGUAAAGUGUUUGUGUUUAAACUUCCUGUGUACUGCUCUAACUACUUCAUUUGAAGUGUUUUUUCUGAAUCACAGCUUUGUUUGUUUUUUUCACAAAUAGUUCAAAAUGUUUUUAAAAAUGUCACUUUAGUUCAAAAACUCAUCUGGAAAUACAGCAAAGUACUAAGUACCAUGUCCCAGGUAAAAAUCCUGUAAUAACAUGAUAGGUACCUUAUAAGUAGCCUGGUAUGUACCAUGUGUGUAUGAGGUACACACCAUGUACUUACUAGGUAUGUAAUUUUUGAGUAACUAGUAUUUAUUUAAGUACCCUGUACCUUGUAUGUACUUGGGACAUACUCAGUAAGGUACAUUUUAUGUGCAUACCCCAUUCUUACCUGGUAUGUACCAUGUAAUUAGUUAAGUAUUUUGUAUGUACAUGUAAGUACACACAAAAUGCUAGACAUCUGUUAAGUAUCAGGUACCUGCAAGUACAGGAUAAAAACCUGGUAUGUACUUCUAAGUACAGGGUAAAAAGUUACUUCAUAACAGCCUGGUUCUUACUCCAAGUACCCUGUAGGUCCCAGCUACACACUCUGUAAGUACUGGGCUCACAGUUUAACGCUAAGUUGUMACAUUUUGGAAGUUUAAAAAAAUAAGCAUAAAGUGUAUACAACUAAAACAGUAUUUUAUGUAUUAAAGUGCCAAUUUGUGAACAUUAAAGCAUCAUUAAUACUUUU